AUGGAUUUAGGAGCCCCCAUCGGAGAUCAAACUAGAGGUGAACACGGAGCUGGAGUUGGACUUUCAGGAGGUCACGGUAUUGCCAACGCAUCCAACACUCAAGCUGGAAAAUACGCUCAAGAAGAGAGCCAAGGUUUCAACCACGGUGUAGGAGGUAACCACGCUUCAGGUGGUAUCCCCUCAGGAACCCCUAUAGCGGACAAAUUCUCUGGAUCAGGAAACUCUCCCGACCCAUACGGUUCAACCGGUACCGGUUCAGGUCAAUUCAGCCAAGGUACUCACGGUAGCCACGGUACCGGAACUGGCGCAAAGCUCGACAACGCUCUUGACCAAUACAGUGGAUCAGGUACUGGUUCAACCGGUCAACAUGGUCAUCACGGUCAUCACGACAGCUCUGCUAUUUCUGGAGCUUACGAAGGUGGUGGUACUCGAGAUGCUUUAACUGGUCAAAGCGGUGCUCACACUACCGGAGCCGGUGUUGGUAUUGGUGGUGAAAACCUUUCUGGCGGUCAACAAUCUCACCCUCACGGACCUAGAGAUGCCGCACUAGCCGGUACUGCCGUCGGAGCAGGUGCUCUCGCUGGAGGUGCCGCAUCCGGUCAUCACCACUCUCACGAAUCUCACUCAACCGCUCCUCUUACUCGAGGUGAAGGUCUUGCCGGUCAAGGUGGUGGUUUAGUACCUGGAAUCGGUGGUGAGACCGGAUCAGGCGUUGGACCUUCAGGUGGAUCAGGUGGUCACUACGCCACUGGUGAUUCUAGCGGUGCCGGUGGAGUUGGUGCUGGUUCAGGUGCAGGUUACGGUUCUCGUGCAGGCGCUGGUGCCGCUGGACUCGGUGCCGCAGGUGCUAUCGGUGCCGGUGCCGGUGCCGGUGCCGCUGCUGGACACCACGGCUCCAGUCAAAAAGAAUCCUCAUCAGGUGGAAUCGGUCAAGGUGUGCACUCAGCUACUGGUGGAUCAGGGGGAUUAGGCAAAUACGGUAAUGCAGGUGACCACGAAGGAAAAGGCAAACCCGUCUCAAACCCUAAAGAACUCGAUACCGGAAACCCUCACUCUUUAGUCUUUGACAAAGCCACAGGUGAAUACGUCCAUAGAAGAGAUCUUUAA